AUGUUUUCAGAGGAGUUCGCGGCAGCCGGCGAUUUUUUGUGCUACAAAUUUCCGACCUGGUCUUGGGAAGCAGGCGAUGGAACCAAUCGACGAGACUUCCUGCUCAAGAAUAAACAGUACUUCAUCUCUCAAAAUGACCAUAACGUCAACUCGCUCUCCUUGUCAGCUAAUACCGGAGCCGGCCGUAAUCCGGAUCCGUCGAAUAACGCUGAGGAAGCCGUACCCAAUCUAGAUGACAUCCCAGAUAUGGAUGAUGACUUGGGUGAUGCUGGUGGGGUCGUCAAGGCUGAGGAUGAUGCAACAGCAAGCACUCAAGCUGCUGCUAACCAACAGACCGAAAUUGGACAAAACAACCCCAGUAACCUCGUCAGCAUUUGUAACUAUGACUGUCUGAUCACUUAUGACAAAUACUAUCAAACACACAGAAUGUGGUUAAUGGGCUACAAUGAACACAAAAGACCCUUAACGCCAUCCCAAAUGUUUGUAGAUAUUUUGUCAGGCAAUGCGCAGAAUACGAUGACAAUCGAGCCCUUUCCGCAUCUGAAUGGGCUGAAUCUGGCCUCAGUCCAUCCAUGUAAACAUUCAAGUGUAAUGAAAAAGAUGAUCGAGAGGAUGGAGGGAAGUUUCAAGGAAGCCCAACAGAAGUACUCCUCCAGUGGAGCCGGUAAUGGUGGCUUGAUCAGUAAAGAAAAGGCUGGAUCGGCAGGGAUUGAUGUGUUUCAUUUGUACUUCGAAGAAUGGUGCAAGGCUAAUGUAUGCUUCCUCCUUGCCCGCAUUCAAUCUAUCACUGCAGCUCCCUUCCAGAGCUUCCAGAAGACAAUACCAAGCCUCAGUCGCGACAAAAACAGCUAG